GUUUUCAGUUGUCAUAAUCACUGUACCGUGCAGCUCAACAGUGACGUUUCUUCGCUGAGUUCUUUCAAAAAUAAGACCUCGUGUGUGUUGUUCGUUUGGAUCAGCAUACUGUCUUAUAAUUUCGAAAUUUUGUGAAAUUUCGUAACAAAUAAACAAAUCAAAAAAUGAGUUUAUACAAUUUUAAGAAGAUUAUGGUGGUUCCGCCAGCAAAGGACUUUAUCGAUAUUAUGUUAUCGAAAACACAACGAAAAACACCAACCGUUGUGCACAAAGGAUACAAAAUAUCAAGAAUCCGGGCGUUUUACGUACGAAAAGUGAAAUUCACGCAGCAAAAUUUCCAUGAUCGUCUCACGCAAAUUAUUCAGGACUUCCCGAAAUUGGACGAUGUCCACCCAUUUUAUGCCGAUUUAAUGAACGUGUUGUACGAUAAAGAUCAUUACAAAUUGGCAUUGGGUCAACUCAACACGGCCAGACAUUUGAUUGACAAUGUUGCCAAGGAUUAUGUGCGUUUGUUGAAAUACGGUGACUCAUUGUAUCGUUGUAAACAAUUGAAAAAGGCUGCAUUGGGUCGUAUGGCAACGAUAAUGAAGCGUCAAGGUGCCAAUUUAGCCUAUUUGGAACAAGUGCGUCAACAUUUGUCGCGUUUGCCAUCGAUUGAUCCGUACACGCGCACGAUUAUUGUUUGUGGUUUUCCCAAUGUUGGCAAAUCCAGUUUUAUCAACAAAAUCACCCGGGCCGAUGUCGAAGUGCAACCGUAUGCAUUCACAACAAAGAGCUUGUUUGUCGGUCACACUGACUACAAAUAUUUGCGUUGGCAAGUGAUUGAUACACCUGGAAUCUUGGAUCAUCCAUUAGAAGAGCGAAAUGUUAUUGAAAUGCAAGCAGUUACUGCAUUGGCUCAUUUGCGUGCUUGUGUGCUCUAUGUAUUGGAUAUUUCUGAGCAAUGUGGCCAUUCGCUGGACGAACAAGUCAAACUAUUCGAAUCGAUCAAACCGUUGUUCACAAACAAGCCAUUGAUAACGGUGGUCAAUAAAAUCGAUGUUAUGGAAUUGAAUGAUUUGCCAGCCGAUCGUCGUGCCGCACUUGCACGCAUCGAAGCUGAUGAGAAUGUUCCAAUCAUGCAAAUGUCAACCGUCACCGAAUUGGGUGUGAACGAAGUCAAAGUUGAGGCAUGUGAACGUUUGCUCAGCUAUCGUGUCGAUCAAAAGAUGCGAACGAAGAAGGUUGAUGGCAUUUUGAACCGAUUGCACGUAGCUGUGCCACAAGAACGAGACAAUGUCCAACGUCCACCAUGUAUUCCGGACAGUGUGUUGGAGAAGAAAUUCAAGGAGUCCCUACAGAAACCAAAACGUAAACUCGAAAAGGAUUUGGAAAUCGAAUUGGGCGACGAUUACACGCUCGAUUUGCAAAAGAACUACACAACAAUUCCAGAGGAAGAGCGUCACGAUGCCAUUCCUGAAUUCUUUGAAGGCAAAAACAUUGCCGACUACAUUGAUUUGGAUAUUUUCGAAAAACUCGAAGAAUUGGAACGUGAAGAAGGUUUGCGCGAAGAGAAUGGUUUGUAUAGUCCACCAGAUAUGACAUUGGAUCAAACGAUGAAAGAAAUCCGUGAAAUGGCCGCACAAAUUCGCACCAAACGAUUUAUGCUACGCGAUGACCGUCGAUUGUCAAGCAACAAGAACAGUUCGGCAAUCCCAAGACACAAGAUGCCGAAAAUCAAAGAUCGUCACAUUGAUCAGCUCAAAACUACGAUGGAAAAUCUUGGUGUUGAUAUGUCAGGCACCGAACAAGCCAAUUUCACAAAGAAAGUCAUCGACACCAAACGCACACUGGUGCCAUUGCCCACGAAACAGGCUCCCAAAUUGGAUAAGGAAUCGUCGGCUGUUGUUCGAAGUACAGGUCAACCACUUAAGAGAGCCGCUGCUCGCCAUGAACUUGGUGUUAAGAAUGUUGUUAUGAAGCGUAAAUUGAACAUCAUGGCAAAGAGAGACAUUGCCAGAAAGGUGACACGAACGUGCCGCAAAGGUGAAGCUGAUCGAUUCAUCGGUACAAAAAUGCCCAAACAUCUAUUCAGUGGAAAACGUGGUACUGGCAAAACGGAUCGUCGUUAAGCGAACAUCGUCCAUCGUUUUUAGCAUUAUAUUACCUAAAGAAAUUCUACCUAUUUUCAAGCUGUACAC